AUGGAUGACACAAAUGCUGCAUCAUUCAUCGCCUUUGGCAAACAAGCGAAAAAAUUAGUCGGUGUUGAUGUCGGGGCUUUAAUCCGUAUCAUGGAAGAAAGAGGUGGAGAUCCUAAUGAAUAUCCUGCUGAACUCGAUGGAUUGAUUGAUAAGAAGUUUCUGUUCAAAGUCAAUGUCAAGCACAAUAACAUUGAUGACCCUGAAAAUUCUACUUAUAGUAUUCUAACAGUCUGCAACGACAGUGCUAUUACUGAUUCAUUCAUAAAAAAGUACCAGUUGGAUGAGCAAGUUAAUACUACUUCACCCCAUGCAAGUGUCGAUGAUAGUUCUUCGGUCUGUAUGUUGUCAUCAAAGGAAAACGAGUCCUUAACUGUUUCGAAGGAUUCAAUUUUCGAUUCAUCGGCAGUUGAAAUCACUCCAAUAAAGAGAAGUUUGGAUUUCAGUCUUGAUUCGCAAGAGGAUGAGAAUACCCCAAUGCAUUCGACCACUGUUCUCUUGAAGAAGAUCAAACAGGAAAAAAUGGAAUAA